UCACCGCCGCUCAGGCAGCUGUCAAUUCAUCGAGGCGAGGUCACAGGCUCACAGCCACACUGAGUUCUCACUCAACUGUACUGAACGGUGAACACCUUGUCUUCGUAGACAUCGCCCUCGCCCGCUGAGCGCUGACCAACGGAAGGGAGCAACCGCGGCGGUGCCAUGGACAGCCAAGACGGCGCCGGCGAGAAUCGAUCCAAGGUGGCUUCGGAAACUAAGUUGAUUAAGCAGCCUACUUGGGUCUUCGUUGAGAAAGAAUCGGUAAAUGACUUGAGAGAGCGAAUUCUCCAACUCACUGGGCAUGGUUGUCAUGAAGAAGAGGAAAUAUUACAAGCGGAUCUACUGGAGAAGCUCAACAGAUGUAAAAGGGAUACACUAAUCGAACUAUGCCGUUCAUUUGGUGUCAUUGGCUCACGAGCUAAUAGGAAGGAGGAACUGGUGUCAUUUCUGAUGGAAUUCGUGAAGGACCAAUGUUCUGACAUCGAUGGCGCAUACUCUGAUAAGAAAAUCAAGAAAAGAAGGCGUAUGAAAGAAGAAGAAAGUUUGUCUACUGGUAAACCUUCAAAGAAAAAUAAACAAGACGGUCAAGAAGAUGCUGAUGGGAAGAAUGGUGGGGAGGAUAGAGCAAAAUAUUCUGACUGUGACUUGAUGGAUAACAGAUACAUAUAUGCUGAUAAUAAGAAAGGAAAAUUCCCCAAGGAACAAACCAACCUUGAGCCUUCUGAGAGGAUAAAUGGCUGUGUUUCGGAACAUUUUGAUGGAGUGUCUCACAGUGAAGUGCCAAAUCCUACAUAUGAGCAAGCAAUGAUUACCACACCAUCUAAAAAGUUGGUAACAAUUGCUGACGGUGAUAGUACUGAUGUGAAGGCUUUUAAAAAUAAUUCUUCUAUUACCAAGAAAAAAGGAACUCCCAAGGAAGAUCGCAAAGUCAAAUCUUGUGGUAAACAGGAGUCUAAAGGAGACACAAAACCACGAAAACAUGCAAUGAAACCAAGUAAGGAAGAGCUGAGAGAAGCUGUCUUUCUUAUCUUGGAUACCGCAGACUUUGCCACGAUGACUUUUGGAGAUGUUGUAAAAGAAGUUGACAGAUACUUUGGAAAGGAUCUGUUUGAGAGAAAGCCACUAAUAAGGUCCCUUAUAGAAGAGGAGCUCUUUAGGCUAACGGAGGAGGCAGAGAAGAAGGAAUUGGAAGAGGAGGAACUAGCAGAAGCAAAGGCUAGAGCUGAGCAAGCUGCCAAGGAAAUGUCACAGGUUCAAACAGUUGAAUCAGGUAUUGAGAAGCAAAAUUUACUUCAAGCCAGUCCAGAUGGUAAAACUAAAGACAGCUCAAAGAACACAAAUGACAGUACUAAUGAUAAAGGGGUCAAUGGUGGGGCUUCUGUGGAUUCUGCUAUUAAGAGAAACAGCAGUGAUGCUGCUGAAGAUUUACAAGACUACAAAGCCGAUGCUGAUACACAGAAUGAAAACGUCCGUGAUGAAUUAAUGAAGGAUGGCAAGGGUGAAAUGGUUGCACCCAUAGCAAACAGUGAUAGUGCCGUGCAAGAUUCAAGCCCAAGCAAUUACGAAGAUGAGACCAUGAAGAACAGCAAUGUUCAAAUCCUAGAAGAUUCUAAAAAUGGAAAAGUGGAAGGGGCUAGUAAUGGAGAAAAUAAUGACACUGAAGCUAGUAGAAAUGAAGAAGGCAGGAGUGGGGAUGUUGGCAGCAAUGCAGAUGCUGUCAAUGGAUGUGAAGCUGAGGAGUCUAACAAUCGUGGAAAUGAUGAACAUGCAGAACACACAGAAGAUGGCAAAGCUCAGGAAGCUCACAACACUGAGAACAGCAUAAAUGUAGAAAUCCAUGGUGAUAAAGAUGGCAAAGCAAAAGAGGAGGAUAUAAAUGCAGAACAAAGUCAAGCAGAUGCUGGCAGCAAUGGUAAAGCUGAAGAUGAUGAGCACAAUGCAAACACCAAAGGUGACGUCGAUUCUGGAAAGAAUCGUGCUGCUGAGAAGGGAAAGACUGAUGAUGAUGUGAAAGGCAACAGCGACGGUGACAGCUGAAGAAAGCCCAUUGUGAUGAUAUGGAUGUAGAUUGUAAAAGAGAGUUGGUAUCGAGAUCCAGCUUAUGCAGGGUUCAUUGUAUCGCUAGAGUUUACCACUGAUACCAUGACUCUUGUAGGGUAGCUUUUGCAGAGUCAUGGAAAGCCGAGGUCUGGCCAGUUUGUCAUGUAAGUCCAGUUGGGGCUGUUAUGUGAUGAAUGAGAAGCUUCUGUAUGGGCACUGAAGCAAGAAAUUCAGAGAAGCUUUUGUAUGGGCACUGAAGCAAGAAAUCCAGAGUAGCAUCUGUUAGCAAA